AUGACGGGAGCUAUCAUCGCUUCUCGAAUUGCCUUUCCCGAGUGGCCUCAGGUUCCCCAGGGAACAGUCCGUACUAAUACGGGAAACCCUCGGCUGUACCGCCUCAACUUACAAGUCAAUACAGCCGAAGACAUCCGCGAAUACCGCAACCUCGCCAAUCAGAUCCUUGAUGCCGUUGCCGGUCACUUGACUUUACCCAACCUGAUGAUUGAGAACAUCCGACAAAACUGUAUCGAAAUCUAUGACAUGACCCGACCCCCCUCAAAGAACCCCGUCUACCGCCGCUGGCAGGAGUACGGUGCGGCCCCGACCCUUCACGAUGCAGUCGGCAUGUACUCGAUCGGCUUAGGAAGAUUCCAUCCCCGAUUCAAGGAGGCACUACGCCAGCACGGCCAACUGUGGCUCAUCUGGUCGGGUGGUAUGCGACCCAUCCUCGGUCCCCGCCAUGGCAAUAUUCGUGCACAUGAUGCAGCCAUAAGGCCUACUGGCCAGAUUGACCCAGUUAUCCCCUACAAACCGCCUCACAGAGACUCCCGUAUUGCCAUGCAGGAGGCAUACGGUGACCGAUUUGGACACUUGUAUAACGAUAAUCCGGCCAUUCAUCGCCAACUGGAACGGAUCGAUGAGGUCGUUGAGGCCAGUCAAGCACGUGGCCAGCUGAUUCCCGCUGUGCGUUACCAGAAGAACUGA